GUGAGUACCUAAGCUCAGCGGCUGGUGAUUGAUUCCCUGCCACUUAAGGUGCCUGGCUCACAGGGCAUGAUCAGAUGCAAUUAUCACCGCACAACACACCUGGACAGCACAAUAUUCUGCCAACGUGGGAUUUCUGAUCUAAAAAAUUCAACCGUCAGUGUUCUCGUACAGAGGCGGACACCCCUUGUUGGCUCUCGCUACCCAACAACGUAUUGCCACACUUCCACCAGGAGCUCGUGCCACAAAGCCAGCCCUGCAGCCCAUCCUCUACUUACCGAGCCCGGGGCCACUGAACAUAGCACGAACUUACGCCGGAUUUCCCACCAUCAGUCCAGUCCACUCCCCCUCGAGACGACGUCAACUCCAGCCACCAUGGCAUCGCCAAAUACUUCUCGCACGAGUGCAAAUGGUCAGAGGCGACCUUCUGCAGCUUCUCGAUAUACGGCUCCUCCGGCCAUGUCUAUGAACGGCCACUUUGCAUCAGUUGGCGAUGCGCCAACGAAGGAGACUUUUGAGCAUGGCAUCCAGGUCAUUGACGAGGAGAAACAAUUCAAGUAAAGCCUCAUACAUGAUACGAAAACCCCCGGGUAACUGACCACUUGCUUUGUAGUCCAAGCCUCAACAAAUAUCUCCAAAUGACCAACAUCGCGCAAUCUGGCUUCAACUAUCACCUCAUUUCCGUGUUUGGCUCGCAGUCGACUGGUAAAUCCACCUUGCUCAACCACUUGUUUGGCACACAAUUCGGGGUAAUGUCAGAGACGGAGCGGCGGCAGACUACCAAGGGAAUAUGGAUGUCCAAAAAUAAACGGGAGGGCGACAGAGGCGCCGAGUCGGAAAAGAUGGCAGACAAUAUUCUAGUAAUGGACGUGGAGGGAACCGAUGGUAGAGAGCGAGGAGAGGACCAGGACUUCGAAAGAAAGAGCGCUCUCUUCGCCCUGGCCACCAGUGAGGUUUUGAUUGUCAAUAUCUGGGAGCACCAAGUCGGAUUAUACCAAGGCGCAAAUAUGGGAUUACUCAAGACAGUCUUCGAAGUCAACCUACAACUCUUCUUGAAGGAUAAAGCGUGAGCAUAACCCUUUGGAAUCGCCAAUUCGUCUAACAAAUGCAUAGUUCAAAUCCCCGCUCCCUCCUAUUCUUUGUGAUCCGCGAUCACAUCGGGGCAACUCCACUUGCAAAUCUUCGAAAUACCUUGUUGGCUGACUUGACGAAUAUUUGGACUAAUCUUUCCAAGCCAAAAGGACUCGAAAAGUCCAAGAUUGAGGAUUAUUUUGAUUUCGCAUUCUCGGCAUUACCACACAAGCUUUUACAACCAGAUAAAUUCUUGGCAGAGAUUGAGAAGCUGGGGACGAGAUUCAGAGUCGGGCACCGAGCUGCCAAACCACACGGGUUUCAUGUCGACAACGAACUGGAAGGAGGCGUCUUUUUGCCAGAAUACCAUAGACGAAUUCCGGCCGACGGAUUCUCUGUGUAUGCCGAAGGAAUUUGGGAUCAGAUUGUUCACAACAAGGAUCUGGAUUUACCAACGCAGCAAGAGCUUUUGGCGCAAUUCCGAUGCGACGAAAUAACUCGAGAGGUCCUGGAAGCUUUUGAUGUUGCGAUUUUGCCCCUCGAAGAAAGUCAAGCGGAGGGCGUGAGACUAGGAAAGCCAACAGUGAUUGAGAAUUUGGGUACUUCAGGAAAAGCCGCCAGAGUCAAAACAGUCAAAGCUUUCGAGGUAGAGGCAUCCAGAUACCACAAAGGCGUAUAUGCUAGAAAGCGUGUGGAAUUGGAAAACAAGAUUGAUCUAAGACUGAAAGCCCUGUAUUCCGGCCAACUCACAGCAGCACAUAAAUCCGGGGUUGCUUCAUUUAGUACUGCGGUUGCUAGCGCCGUUAAGGCUGGUCAGAAAAGGGGAGCAUCUUACGAAUUUGCAGACAUUGUUGAACAGGAGAAGAAGGUUGCAUUGGCGAAAUUUGAUGCAGAAGCCAAAAGUCUGGCGAUUGAAGGUGUACCAUGGAGUAACUUUGUAUCGCAACACGGCCUUUACGAGAAAGAUUUGGAUGAAGUAAGUGCACAAUUACGCAAAGAGGAAAUGCGACGACUUGCCACUCGUGUGGAGAGGUGGGUUCGAUCUAGGCUCGGAGAUUCUAUUGGGCUUGAAUUCAACAAACUUGGUUCAGGGCGGGGAGGAAGCGGGGCUCCCGAAGAUGGUGUCAAACCUCAAUCAGAAAAGGAUCUUUGGGAUAGAAUAUGGAAAGUUUUCACCACGACCGUCGAAGAAGCCGAGACCCGAUUCGUGCAACGAGCCAAAAGCUUUGAUGCUAGUCAAGAUGAAAUCGAUAUUGGGUUGUGGCGAUUGAGACGAAAGAGUUGGGGAGUUUUAAGAGCCAAAAUCGAUGAAGAAGUCAUGGAAGGUAACAUCCUUCUCAAACUUCGCGAGAACUUUGAGGACAGAUUCCGUUACGAUCAGGAAGGCGUACCUAGAAUAUGGCGCCCAUCAGAUGACAUUGCGGGAGUCUACACAAAAGCCAAAGACGGAACACUUGAACUCAUUCCUCUACUGUCAAAGUUCAAACUGGCCGAGACAUUAGACUUUCCUGGUCUUGUGACAUGGAUAAGCGAUGCUCCAGCAAGUAUUGAUCCCAAAGACGAAGAAGAUCUCACCCCAAUUGGCGGUGUUGAUGAAGAAGAGGGUAAAAGUCUGGAGGAAGAAAUGACAAUAUUAAGCGAAGCCAAGCGCCAGGAUCUCGUGGUGAGAUUUAAAAAGACAGCCGAUGGAGUAUAUAUGGAAGCAAAGAGAAGUGCCAUUGGUGGUGUUGCCCAAGUACCAUUAUAUUUCUACGGCCUCCUUCUGGCUCUUGGCUGGAACGAAAUCGUUGCCGGUACGUUCUUUUCAACCCCGUGUUUACUUUUACCUCCUCGCUCAAGUAUCGUACUAACUCCUCAUAGUUCUCCGCAACCCAGUAUAUUUCAUCUUCCUCAUUCUCCUAGGUGUCGGCGCAUACGUGACCUACACCCUCAACCUCUGGGGUCCCAUGCUCCGCAUGACCAACGCGGCUACCUCCCAAGCCGCCGAGAUUGGCAAAGAGAAGCUCCGCGAGUUCUUGGAAACCAACUCUACAGCGAGACAGGCUAUUGGGAUGCCAUCCCGGGCGGACAGUGAUAAUAUCAGUAUGAAUACGCUUGAUAGUCGAGGGAGGAAGAAGACUGCUGUUGAGAGUGGGGAUGAGGAUGAUGAUAUUUAG